CCUUCCAAUUGCUCAGCACACAAGGAGACAACCCCCCAACCACCUCCAAAUUGCACAGAAUGCUGCUCUUUCACCACAAUCCUAGAGCAUACCCUUCUUACAUCUCAUCAUCAUUAAUUUUGUUGGUCGAAAAGUGAAGUACAACCGUUUUGCGCCAGUAUUCGACGUACCUCGACACUGCAUACAAGUACACCGUAUACGCGACGCCAACGCGCUCCCGCCGUCAGGACCCACCAUAGCUCACGAACGAACCACCGCUUGUUUUCACUCCCACAUCUUCAAACCCUCCCGUACACCCUCAAUUGCACAGCGCCAAUCGCGAAUUACGCACGAUGCCUCCGAAAGGCCUGGCCAGAAAAAAUGUUGCCCGUCCAACAAGAGGAGGAGGUACAGCUCGGGGUGGUAGAAGAAGCUCUGGCGGAAGGACAAGCACAGGCAGUAGGAAAAGCAUAGGACAAGUCGGACAACCAGGUCCAGCUCCAAAAAAGAGGCGCUAUCAUCCCGGAACGCUCGCGCUUAAGGAAAUCCGUAAAUACCAAAAAUCGACCGAUCUUUUACUACUCAAGCUCCCUUUCCAACGAGUGGUCCGAGAGAUAGCAGUCAGCUAUGCCCCACCCACAGAGGCUCCCCUACGCUGGCAAAGUCAAGCCAUUCAGGCAUUGCAGGAGGCAACCGAAGCCUUUCUGGUCAACCUCUUUCAUGAUGCCAAUCUGUGCGCCAUACACGCCAAGCGAGUUACCAUACAACAGAAAGACAUACAAUUAGCGAGGAGAUUACGCGCUGCUUGGGGUGCCCCGGUUUGACGAAGAGGCCAAAGAUUAGGGUGGUGGAGUGUUCCUUUCUGGUGAUGGUAUAGGGUUAUCGGGAUGCACGAUACGGAUAUUGGAAGCAUUGGGCCAUGUGGUUUUUACUCUGCGGCUCCCAUUACACCAGGGAGGGAGAGAAGGCAAAGGAUCGGCGUGUUGGCGUUCAGGAGAUUACCAGCAGCAAUUGGGUCUCUAUGUUUUGGUUGCUAUGACUAUACCUCUGUGCUGUUCUAUUGACUAUUAUCUCUGUUCAAAUAAGAAAUCAUUAAUCAUGAAAGACUUGCGCAUACCUGGACAACAUAGAGUUUGCAAUCAAUAGCCUCCUCCGUUCCAGAGCUGGU